AUGCUCAUUGCACAUUUUGAUCGAAAAACAUGCGGCAUCUUGUCUAUCAAAGAUGGCCCUGUUGAAAACCCGUGGCGGACCUUGAUAUUGCCUCUCUCCAAUGGUUCACGGGCCGUGGAACACGCCAUUACUUGCAUGGCUGCCUUCCACGGCGCCUACGACUCGCCCGAUCUCUACACUCAUGGCACUGCCGACAUGGAUAAAAGCUACAAAUGCCUCGCGCUAGAGGAGAAAAAACAGCCUCUGAUCCCGGCAUUGGCAGCCUGGGUUGGGCUGGCCUUUGCUGAAGGGUGGAAAACGCCAACAAUGUCCAGGUUGACGCCCCUGGUCAAUGCUAGACGACUCCUUGCCGAGCGAUUGACAGCAAACCGGACCGCAAUGUCCUUGACCAAGACCGACACCGCGCGACUAAAGUACCUGAUCAACGCGUUUGUCUUUGUACAUACAAUAGGCGGCAUCACUUCUCGGCCUGACGAGGAAGCACCGCCUUUGCCUGCACAGGUUGUGUCAUUUCUCACGCCCUCGCCAGACGAGGCCAGAAUGGAGACUGAUCCUCUUCUUGGCUGUGCCGCAUCCCUCUUCCCCUUGAUCGACAAUGUCGUAUCGAUUGUACAGAAAGCCCGUCAAACACAAAGGAACAGCUUGACACUGGUCAGUCGCGCCAGCGAGGUCUACGAGCAGCUUGACCAAUGGCAACCACCCCGUCUCAGCGUCAUGGAAUCGCUCGAGGACCGGACCCAGGUAAUCCUGCAUUCCAUACAGACAGCCCAGGCGUUGCGGUACGCGACACUUCUGCAUCUACACCAAGCCGUGCCCGAGAUCCCCUUUGAAUCGUCUGCGGACCUGGCUCGAAAGGUCCUCUUGAAGCUAGCCAGCAUACCCUCGUCAAGCGUCGUGACUAGUUUGCACAUCUUCCCGUUACUAGCCGCCAGCGGCGAGCUAACAGACCCCGAGGAUCGCGAGUGGGCGGAGCAGCGGUGGCAUGCCAUCAUCGGGCGACUGCGUGUCAAAAAUGUAGACACGUGCUGGGAUAUUGUUCAGGCGACCUGGGGACGUCGUGAUAUCCACGAGGCGGCGAAGGUGCCAGCAGGGCCCAGAGCAGACUUUGAAAUGGACCCGGCGUACACGGUGAGAGGAAAGUUGCACUGGCUGAGUGUGAUGGAUGAUCGGAACUGGCAAGUCUUUGUCGGCUGA